ACUCUUGACAAGAUUUAGCAGAGCAGAAGGAGGUAGUCCCCGAGGGUGAAGUUUGGAAAGAGACGUGGAAGGCAAAAGGAGAAAACGUACAAAGAUGUCAGCCUUGCCUGGUCUGCUAAUUGCCCUUGUGCUCCUCCUUGUCAUUUCACAGUACCUGAAAAUACUGUGGAUGGCCCGAAGACUUCCUCCUGGACCGAUGCCUUUUCCCGUUAUUGGAACGCUGUGGCAGAUGAGAUUUGACUUUUCUUAUGAGACUCUUAUUACGCUAGCCAAGAGCCAUGGGAAUGUCUUCACCUUGUGGCUGGGACAGUUACCAAUAAUUAUACUCAACGGAUUUGAGGCAGUGAAGGAAGGUCUGACAGCCCGUCCAGAAGACAUGAGUGGACGACCAACAAGUCCUUUUUUUGAAAAACUUGGCAAGAGAAAAGGCAUCAUUUUUGCCAGUGGAAAUGUAUGGAAGCAACAUCGGCGAAUUGGGGCGAUGGGCCUCAAGUUUCUGAGCCAAGGAAAAUCGGGCCUGGAACAUCAAAUCCAAGAAGAGACUUUACAUUUGAUUGAGGUCUUUGACAGCACUAAAGGGCAGCCCAUGGAACCUUCUUCCCACAUCAUUCUUGCUGUUUCCAAUGUGAUCUGUGCUCUCCUGUUUGGCUAUCGAUUCUUCAAAGAUGAUGAAACUUUCCGCCAGCUGAUCAAAAGUACUGAAUUCAUACUUCAAAUUGGAGGAAGCAUGUGGCAGACCCUCUACGAUACGUUCCCGUGGAUUAUGAAUUAUCUUCCAGGCCGUCAUCAGAGGGCCUUUGCUUGUUACGACUUCUCAAUUUCUUUUGUAAUGAAGGAGAUCAGAAGUCACGAGAAGAGUGGGAUGCUGGAUGACCCGCAGAACUUCAUCGAUUUCUACUUGGCACAGAUGGCAAAAAGUAAAGAUGAUCCCACAUCUACUCUGGAUGAAAACAAUCUGGCCUACAGUAUCUUCGAUUUUUUCAUAGCAGGGUCAGAGACCACAACUACCACGUUGCAUUGGGCACUACUCUACAUGGUGGCCUAUCCAGAUAUCCAAGCCAAAGUCCAAAAGGAACUUGAUGAUACCCUGGGUUCUUCCUCCCGGCUGAUCUCCUGCAGCGAUCGGAGGAACCUGCCCUACACCAACGCUGUUAUUCAUGAGAUCCAGCGCUAUGCCAACAUUAUUUUAAUUGGUGGCCCCAGACAAACUGUGAGAGAUACAACGGUCCUUGGUUUUCCUAUUCAAAAGGGGAUUAUAGUUAUACCAAAUAUAUCCUCAGCCCUUUUGGAUCCUAAGGAAUGGGAGACCCCUGAAUGUUUCAAUCCUGGUCAUUUUUUGGAUCAAAAAGGAAACUUUAUCAACAGAGAAGCCUUCAUACCAUUUUCCAUGGGUCAGCGAGCCUGCUUGGGAGAAAACCUGGCCAGAAUGGAACUUUUUCUCCUCUUCGCCAACCUGCUGAGAAGGUUUUGCUUUCAGCUCCCGGAAGGAGUGACCGAAGUGAACACAAAAUACAUUAAAGGCAUGACGUUGCAACCGCCUCCACAACUGCUCCGCGCUCUCCCUCGCUAGCUGAACCUUGCCUUGUGGGUGACUGAAACGCCCACUGCGGUGGUCACUUACUCAUUGACAAAGUUCAUUCUUAAAAUAACAUGUUAACGGGUCUUUAAAUGAGGAUAUAUCAUGCCGACAAAACACCCGCCCAUCAUCAUGGCUAAAGCAACAGAAGGAGCUGAAAUCUACAAAGACGUUUCUUAAACUACAUUUAUUUCCAGCAGGCUUAUGCCUAGAAAUCCAACAACUUAGGACUGCACUGUGGGAAAAAAACCUAAUUUCAUCCUGAAUAAGCGUAACCCUACAUCACCUGUUUUUACAAUAGGGUGAUAAAUCAGCUGUUAUAGAACUGGACAUAGGCCAAUUCCAGUCGCAAAAUAUUGAAAUAUUGAUGAUAUUGAUUGUUUCCUGAUUGCUUAUUUGUACCCUAUGACUAUCAUUAAGUGUUGUACCUUAUGAUUCUUGAUAAAUGUAUCUUUUCUUUUAUGUACACUGAGAGCAUAUGCACAAAGACAAAUUCCUUGUGUUUCCAAUCACACUUGGCCAAUAAAGAAUUCUAUUCUAUUCUA